AUGAAGUUGGCUUUGCACAGGGUAGCAGGCACCACAAUGAGCACGUUAACAACAGGUGUCCAGUAUCUUGGCUCCAAUGACGCCAGCUACGACGACCCGUCCAUUGACCCAAGCCUGAUCAAGAACAAAUUCCACUUUGAGAAACCUCACUCUGCCUCCAUUAGUAACUCCCUCCCUGGACUUGUCCCUGGAAACAAGGAGGUCAUUUACAGUGGCCUCUCUCCCAUAUUCCCCACCAACAUAUCAGACUUUCUGCUGGGUAAUGGCACCUCUGUGGAGAGCGGAGGAGCGGCACAGUGUGGAGAAGACUUUGUGGACAACAUGGAGUGUUUUAUGAUUCUGACUCCUGGUCAGCAGCUCGCAGUCGCUAUCUUGGCACUCACCCUGGGUACAUUUACGGUGCUGGAGAACCUAAUGGUGCUGUGCGUGAUCCUGCACUCGCAGACGCUUCGAUCUCGGCCAUCCUACCACUUCAUAGGCAGUCUGGCUGUGGCUGAUCUGAUAGGGAGCAUCAUUUUUGUCUACAGCUUCCUGGACUUCCAUGUCCUCCACAGGAAGGACACCCCUAAUGUUUUCCUCUUUAAGCUGGCCGGGGUCAUUGCCUCCUUCACUGCCUCUGUGGGAAGUCUGUUUCUCACGGCGAUCGACCGCUACAUCUCCAUCCACAGGCCCAUGGCAUACAAACGCAUCGUGACGAAGACUAAAGCAGUCAUUGCCUUCAGUAUGAUGUGGACAAUCUCCAUCGUCAUCUCACUGCUGCCACUGCUGGGCUGGAACUGCAAGCGCCUCAACUCUGUUUGCUCAGACAUCUUCCCUCUAAUUGACCAGAAGUACCUGAUGUUCUGGAUCGGGAUGACCAGCAUCUUGGUCCUGUUCAUCAUCUACGCCUACAUGUUCAUCCUCUGGAAAUCCCACCACCACGCCGUCCGCAUGCUGAGCCGCAGCUCCCAGAGGAGCGUGAUUGUCUACACCGCAGAGGGGACUAAAGUUCAGACAGUGAGGCCCGAGCAGGCUCGGAUGGACCUCCGCCUGGCUAAAACCCUCGUUCUGAUCCUGGUGGCCCUCAUCAUCUGCUGGGGCCCGCUGCUAGCCAUCAUGGUUUAUGAUCUCUUUGGGAAGGUGAACGAUGUCAUCAAGACUGUCUUUGCCUUUUGCAGCAUGCUGUGUCUGCUCAACUCCACCGUGAACCCUGUGAUCUACGCCAUGAGGAGCAAGGACCUGCGCAGGGCCUUCCUCAACAUCUGCCGUGUGUGCCAAGGAGCGACGCAGACUCUGGACACCAGUGCUGAGAGUGACUGGAACAGCAAGAGUGUGAGAGGCACAGCAGGCGGGGCAGGGAAAGAUGGAGCCGGCUGUGGAAACGCCCGAGUAAAAGUAGCCCAGGUUACCGUUUCUGGAGUGACUGAGACUUCUACUGCAGAGGCGGUUUAAAAGACGAGGUGCUCUGCUCUGGUACAACUGUGAAGUAGAGAUAUUGUAGAAUAGCCCUGACCCUAGUGCACUGUUCUGUGACUGUGAAAUGUGCCAAAACAUGACUUAGAAACAAACCUGAUGACACGUUUUUAUUGCUUUAAAGCUGAAAUCUAUAAUAUUAACAUGAUCUGCUCCUCUGUCUUUACUCUGCCAUUGAGAGGGUUUGUUGGGUUUCACAAGUCUGAUCUAAAAUGCCUAUUUCAUGUUAUUUCAUUCAGUAAGUAAUAUAGUAAUAUUCCCAACAACCAGUUCAGUUGCUCAAGGGCAUUUUUUUUCUGCAACAACCAUUGCAACCAGGUUUUCUCAUCUUUGCUC